AUGACGGUUAGAACCGUCUCUCUUAAAAACGUCUCAAAACUUCCAGAAUGUUCCUCGUAUCUUCUCCACUUCACUUCCUUGUAUUUUCAUGUUUGUCUUUUGUUUUUUUGCCAGGGUGUUUCUUGUCUGUGGAAUCAUGAUGGUAACCCUGUCGAUGGCAUCAGCAUCAAUAACAGACUGCAGGAAUUCACCAAAGAACUGAAAGCCAACCCCAAAUAUUUGCAGGACAAAGUCAAACAGUAUUUCAAAGACAAUCCACACAAGCUGACUUUGGUGAUGCGACCUGAUGAGGAUUACGACAAGAAACUUCAGGAAGAGGAGAACACACGUCUCUCUGCGAUUAGAUCGACAUUGAGCGAGGAAGACAAGAUGCAGCUACAUAAAAGGGGUCUGGAGUUGCUGGAGAAACAGAUGUGUACUGAGGAUCUCUCUUGUCUUCCAACAAUUCAUGUCGCAGAUAUCGAGCGUGACAUAGUCAGGGUACCAACAACAAUUCACCAUGCAUCCAGUGGUGUCCCUAUUUACUGCUGUGCGCAACCAACUAACGAGAUCACCUACCUGAACCUCCUAGCCGACACCUCACAUCUACCUGACGACCUGAAACCAUAUCUACCUCUGUUCACUGAUAUCCUUACAAAGAUGGGUGCUGGUAUUUGGAAUUACAAGGAAUUAUCACAACUGAUCGAUCUUUACACCGGAGGUCUUGGAUGUUCCAUAUUCAUGAGUAACCAUCAUACGGAAUCAAAUUCUUACGAACAGUGUAUAAGAUUGAGUUCUCACAGCCUUGAAAGAAAUUUUGACAAAACGCUAGAUCUCUGGCAGAAUGUUAUUUCCAGACCAAAUUUCUCUGAUAAGGACCGACUCAAGACCCUGAUUCGAAUGAUUGCCUCUGACAUGGCUUCCAGUCUCCCCAGCAGUGGUCACAUGUACGCCAUGGGCCAGGCGUCCUCAACUCUUUCUCCUUCGGCCCAGUGGAAGGAACUUUUCUCUGGAGUAACUCAGGUGAACAUGAUGAAGACACUGGCUGAGCUUGACGAUGUUGAUGAGGUUGUGGCUAAGCUGGAGCAAAUAGCUGGCCAUGUCUUAAACUUCAAAAAUGUUCGUGUUUCUGUGAAUGCCACUGAAGAAGCAAUGGAAUCCACUGUCCACAAACUAGACACAUUCUUGCAGCCUUUGUCGCAGGAAUUCUCUACAGAAAGAGUUCUUGUCAAUGAUUCCAAAUUCCAACCUCACUCAAAACAGACCCACAUCGAGUUACCGUUCACGGUGAAUUACGUCUCCAUGUCGGUGCCAAGUGUUCGGUACACACAUCCUGACAGUUCAAGAUUAACGAUCCUUGCCAAAAUCCUCUCAUCCAAAUUUUUGCACAGAGAAAUCAGAGAGAAAGGUGGAGCCUAUGGAAGUGGCGCCUUAAGCGGUGACAACACUUUCAACUUCUUUUCAUAUCGCGACCCAAACUCCUUACAAACGUUGGACGUAUUUGACCGGGCCAUAGAGUGGGCCGUGAGCGGUCAGUUUACAGACGAACAUGUUAACGAAGCCAAAAUUUCUUGCUUUCAACAGAUUGAUAAACCAGUUCCACCCAGUUCCAAAGGACUCGCGUAUUACCUUCAUGAUUUAACCGAUGCAUUACGACAGGCAAACAGAGACCGAAUAUUUGCAACCACCAAAGAAGAUUUAGUUCAGGUCGCUAAUGAAUAUCUACACCGUUCUGCUGCUAAACCUACUGGCAUAGCACUUCUGGGCCCACACUUACCAUCUCUGGCAGAAGAUUCAACCUGGAACAUACUGAAAAGUUAAGUUUGUGUAUAGAAAAAGAAAUAAAUAAAAUAUAUCAUUGUUAUUUUCA